GUUAAACAUAUCAUUUAGUCUGUAGAUUGACCCCGAGAUUGGCACAGUUGUUUCACCUUUUGAAAGAGAAAUAUUUUUUGAAUAAGCGAAUGCACUUUGCGAUCAUCAUGAAGUUCGUCUUUGUAACUGUUGCUCUCUUUGUCGCAACAGCCGCUAAUCCCACUCCCGAAUGGACAAUUCCGACUGAUACCGAACUGUAUAUUGACGCCACAAAAUGUUCGAUGUUGAAUUCCAAUUUACCGCUCGACCAAAUGAAAAUGUGUAACGUUAAAUGUGUACUGGAAAAGGGCGGAUUCUUUGACGAAACAAAUGGAUUUAAUGUCGAACACAUAGUCAACGUGGAAAUGAAAAGUGGUCGUAGCGAAAGUGGUGCGAGAGCCGUAGCCGAAAAGUGUGCUGUUAAAAAGGAAGCAUUCGAAAGUAGUUGCGGUUGGGCUAAUCGCGGUUUAGAUUGUCUGAGAGUCGAGAGCCGAGAGCUGAAGCGAAAAGAGGCGAAACAAUCAAACAUGGAAACCGACUAUAGUCGUAAUUAGGCUAUCACCAAUGUUUCGCUUGUUCUUUUGGAAACGCUUCGCUUGUCGAAACGAAAUUGUCUGCACGAGGAAAACGAAAUAAAUUUAAUGAGGAGUGAUGAGAUUUUACGAACUGACCUGUAGAUGCCUUUAACUUUCUAUAAAUAUAAAAUAGAGUUCAAAAAAACUGAUC